GGAUUCAAGUUAGUUCGAACGCUAUCCAUCAAGUGGCGCGGCCGCUCACACUUCGAGUUAUUUAGUCAUUUAAAAUGCCGCCAGUUGCUGUGCCCAAUGAGGCACCAAAGAAGCAACUUCGAGUUGCAAUCAUCGGUCAGAGUACGUUCGCUGCGGAAGUUUUUAAAUUGCUACAGAAAGACGGUCAUGAAGUGGUCGGUGUGUUCACAGUACUGGACAAAGGCAACAGAGAAGAUCCACUUGCAACAAUUGCGACACAGUAUGGGAAGCCGGUGUUCAAAUAUAAGACAUGGAGAGUCAAAGGGAAGGUUAUACCUGAAGUAUUGGAGCAAUAUAAAUCUGUGAACGCUGACAUCAAUGUGUUACCUUUCUGCUCACAAUUCAUCCCCAUGGAGGUGAUAAUGUACCCCAAGUAUCAAAGCAUCUGCUACCACCCCAGCAUCCUGCCUAGACACAGGGGGGCGUCGUCUAUUAAUUGGACAUUAAUAGAAGGUGAUACGACUUGCGGUCUGUCAAUCUUCUGGGCUGACGACGGACUGGACACGGGGCCCAUACUGCUGCAGAAGUCGUUCCCUGCCACCAUCGAUGACACCGUUGACACACUAUAUAAUAAAUACUUGUACCCUGAAGGUAUCAAAGCGUUAGCGGAGUCAGUGAAUAUGGUGGCAAAUGGCACCGCACCAAGAAUUCAGCAGACGGAGGAGGGUGCCACAUAUGACCCCGCAUUAUUCAAACCUGAAACACAUCAGAUUGAUUGGUCCAAAGGUGGUAUAGCACUGCACAACUUCAUCCGUGGUCUGGACUCAUCUCCCGGAGCCACCACAUUCAUCAAACCACAGACUAAAGAGGGCAUUGUUGAGGGCAGCGAGGCUGAUGUAGAGGUCAAGUUCUUCGGCUCCUCUCUCUGGCAGGCGGAGUACGAGACUGAGGGUGACCAGCUGGUCAUACCCGGCCUUGACACACCCGCUGUCAUACACGAGGCAGGUCUUCUUAUCACCGCUAAUGAUGGAGUUAAGUUAAAUGUUCAAAGAUUAAAAAUAAAUGGUAAAAUGAUAAAUGCACAAAACUUCUUCAAAUCGAACGAAUCUAAAGUAUCACUGGAAUUAACAUCAGAAGAGAAACAGUUUGUGGAAGGAGCUCGUGAUAUUUGGAAGGCGAUAUUGAGAAUUGACAUCGAAGAUGACACGGAUUUCUUCGCGUCAGGAGCUGGUUCUAUGGAUGUUGUCAGACUUGUUGAAGAAGUUAAAGAUUUAGCACAAAUUGAAUUACAAAACGAAGAUAUUUAUAUGAAUACGAUAUUCGAAGAAUUCUGUCAAAUCGCAGUUUUAAAAUCUAGAGGAGGUUCAGAUGUAAAAGAUAUCGUUUACGAUGGAGUUGAAAUGGAAGUUAAUAAGAUGAAAAUUAAAUUCCCAACUCAAUUAUUUAUAAAUGGGGAAUUUGUUGACUCUGACAGUGGUAAAUUGUUGACUAUAGUGAAUCCGUCAGACGAGUCAGUGAUAUGUAAGGUGCAGAGUGCGUCAGUUAGUGACGUUGACAAGGCAGUCAAGGCUGCUAAAGUCGCAUUCGAGGAAGGGGAGUGGUCAAAGAUCAGCGCCAGAGAACGAGGACAGCUACUCUUUAAAUUAGCAGAUCUAAUGGAACAGCACAAAGAGGAAUUAGCGACCAUAGAGUCAAUCGACUCCGGAGCAGUUUACACUUUAGCUCUGAAGACACACAUCGGGAUGUCAAUAGAGACAUGGCGGUACUUCGCCGGCUGGUGUGACAAGAUCCAGGGUGCCACCAUACCUGUCAACCAUGCUCGUCCCAACAGGAACCUCACCCUCACCAAGCGUGAACCCAUCGGCGUCUGCGCUCUCAUCACCCCCUGGAACUACCCCCUCAUGAUGCUCUCCUGGAAGAUGGCGGCUUGUCUCGCUGCUGGCAACACUGUUAUCAUGAAGCCCGCUGCGGUAUGUCCCCUGACUGCGCUGAAGUUCGCGGAGUUGUGCGCGCGCGCAGGCAUUCCGCGAGGUGUUGUCAACAUUCUGCCAGGAAGUGGAGCUCUCUGCGGACAAGCACUCGCAGAUCAUCCACUCGUCAGGAAACUUGGCUUCACCGGCAGCACUGAGAUAGGUCAAACAAUAAUGAAGUCAUGUGCUGUUUCCAACAUGAAGAAAGUAUCUCUGGAGUUGGGAGGAAAGUCACCUCUCAUUAUAUUCGAAGAUUGCGAUCUCGAUAAAGCCGUGAGAAAUGGUAUGGCGGCUGUAUUCUUCAACAAGGGUGAGAACUGCAUAGCUGCUGGUCGGCUGUUUGUUGAAGAACGCAUACAUGAUGAAUUCGUACGCAGAGUGGUCGCUGAGACCAAGAAGAUGGCCAUCGGAGACCCUCUACAUCGUGGCACCUCACAUGGACCUCAGAAUCAUAAAGCACACAUGGAUAAACUUAUUGAAUUUUGUGAGCGCGGUGUGAAAGAGGGUGCAACUUUAGUAUACGGCGGAGGAAGAGUUGACUGCAAAGGUUUCUAUUUCACACCUACAGUGUUCACUAAUGUACAAGAUGAUAUGUACAUAGCUAAAGAAGAGUCAUUUGGCCCCAUUAUGAUCAUCAGCAAGUUUAGUAGCAAGAACAUAGACGAUGUAAUCCGUCGUGCGAAUGCAACGGAGUACGGUUUAGCGAGCGGUGUGUUCACUCGGGAUGUGUCGCGCGCGCUCGCCGCCGCGGAGAGAGUUGAUGCCGGCACUGUCUUCAUCAAUACAUACAACAAGACAGACGUCGCUGCACCUUUUGGUGGCUUCAAGCAAUCAGGUUUCGGCAAGGAUCUAGGUCAAGAAGCUCUCAACGAAUAUCUCAAGACGAAAUGCAUCACCAUUGAAUAUUAGAUGAAUAUUUUUUUGUAUUUUUUUGAUUGAAUUAUUGUUUUUUUUUUU